CUGGCCUGUGGAAGCACCGCCAUCAACAACCUGGUCGGGUUACUGACCGCCUUCCUCAUCCCUGUGGCCGACUUCGUCUUCAUCGCUGCCUCCUAUGUGGUCAUAUUCAGCUCCGUGCUGAGCUCCGGCAGGUCCGCGGUCAAAGCGCUCCACACCUGCUUCACCCACAUCGUGGUCAUCACCGUCAGCCUGACCAUUGCACUUGUUGCUUUCCUGUCGUAUCGGAUCAGAAACGGUCUUCCUGCCGCCAUGAGGGUUUUCUUCAGCACCAUGUACCUGUUGUUCCCGAGCUGUUUCAACCCGAUCAUCUACGGCAUCAGAACCGCAGAGAUCCGACAGCAGAUCCUGAAGACCCUGAUGCAUAGUCGCUUUGUCUAG